GGCUGUAGACCGGCGCUGCGCGUGCGCACAGCCGACGCACGCCCGUGACGGCCGGUUGAAAGAUGGCGACUGUCGCGGAGCUGAAGGCUGUUUUAAAGGACACCUUGGAGAAAAGGGGAGUAUUAGGGCAUUUAAAAGCAAGGAUCCGAGCUGAAGUAUUCAGUGCCCUAGAUGAUGAAAGUGAACCCCGACCACCAUUGUCUCAUGAAAACCUUAUAAUUAAUGAACUAAUUCGGGAAUAUCUUGAAUUCAACAAAUAUAAGUAUACAGCAUCUGUCCUCAUAUCAGAAUCUGGUCAACCUGUAGUUCCAUUGGACAGACCAUUUCUUAUCCGGGAACUAAAUGCAUUUGAAGAAUCAAAGGAUGAUACAAUACCUCUUUUAUAUGGAAUUUUAGCUCAUUUUUUACACAGAACGAAGGAUGACCUCCAAAAUCCAUUCCUGAGAGGGUCUUCACUUCAGCCUCCAAACCCAAAUCUUGGUGGACAGCCUAGCAGAAGAAAGCAAAGGGAUGACCACUUACAAAAAGAGAAGGGGAACAGUACUAAUAUGGAAGAUCCUCUUGUUUCUCAAGCAGUGAAGAGAUGACCUUUCCAUUCGGGUCAUCUUUUGUCUUAAAAUUGUAUGUAUUAAAAGAAAAAAAAAUUGUGUGGAUUAAGUAAUGUAUUUAUUCUCCCAACAUUACCAAAAUAUAUCACUAAUAUUUGUAGAAAAUCGGGUUUCUGCAAAACAUUUAGCCCCCUCCUGUUUUACUACAUUUGUGAGUAAAAGCUAACUCUGUCAUCUAGCUUGUUGGAUUUGACUCGAAAGAAAAUGCAUUGUUUCUUUAGAAAGAAUUUUAAAGGUUUUUAAAUUUGUGAGAACUGGAAGGACUUUUUAGUACCCUGUAUAUUCUCCAAAAAAACAAGAUUCAGGUCUUUAUAGCCAUAUGCUCUGCCCUUUAACAAGAUUACGUUGAUUACAUUUCCUUCAGGCUGGAAUUAUAUGGAUUUGUAGAAAAAUUCAUUUAUGUUUUUAAAAAGCAUUUGAAAGAACAUUAAAGCCAGAAAAAAUGAA